GCGGGAGGGAGUGAGUCACUGAGCGUGUGUGAGGGAGGGAAGGAGCGAGCGGGUGAGCGAGCAGCCCGCGUCGUCCGCCCGCAGCACCAGCCAGGCCCUGCCGCCGCCGCCGCCCCGCCGCCCUGCGCUGAGGCCGGGCCGAGCCGAGCUGGGUCGGGCCCGGGCCAUGCUGCUCACCGUGUACUGUGUGCGGAGGGACCUCUCCGAGGUGACCUUUUCCCUCCAGGUCGACGCCGACUUCGAGCUGCACAACUUCCGCGCACUGUGCGAGCUCGAGUCCGGCAUCCCCGCAGCCGAGAGCCAGAUUGUCUAUGCUGAAAGACCUCUCACAGAUAACCACAGAUCACUGGCUUCUUACGGCUUAAAGGAUGGCGAUGUUGUGAUUUUACGACAGAAGGAGAAUGCAGACCCUCGACCUUCGGUGCAGUUCCCAAACUUACCCCGAAUAGAUUUCCGUAGUAUAGCUGUGCCUGGCACUUCAAGCUCCCGGCAGCGCCAGCCACCAGGUGUACAGCAGUCCCGCUCAUCUCCUGGAGAAAUAGCUUCAUCUCCUCAGGGCUUGGACAAUCCAGCCUUGCUCCGAGACAUGUUGCUGGCCAACCCCCACGAGCUGUCCUUGCUGAAGGAACGCAAUCCACCCCUGGCAGAUGCUCUGCUCAGUGGAGAUCUCGAGAAAUUUUCUAGGGUCCUAGUGGAGCAGCAGCAGGACCGAGCCCGGAGAGAGCAGGAAAGGAUUCGUCUCUUUUCUGCUGACCCUUUUGAUCUUGAAGCUCAGGCAAAGAUAGAAGAAGAUAUAAGGCAACAGAACAUUGAGGAAAACAUGACAAUAGCUAUGGAAGAGGCUCCAGAAAGUUUUGGCCAAGUAGUGAUGCUUUAUAUUAACUGCAAAGUGAAUGGACAUCCUGUGAAAGCCUUUGUUGACUCAGGUGCCCAGAUGACUAUUAUGAGCCAAGCUUGUGCAGAAAGGUGUAACAUAAUGAGGCUGGUGGACCGUCGGUGGGCAGGAAUUGCCAAAGGAGUGGGCACCCAGAAGAUUAUUGGAAGGGUACAUCUAGCUCAGGUUCAGAUUGAAGGAGACUUCCUGGCGUGUUCCUUCUCUAUACUUGAGGAACAGCCCAUGGACAUGCUUCUGGGGCUGGACAUGCUGAAACGACAUCAGUGUUCCAUUGACCUCAAGAAAAAUGUCCUCGUGAUUGGCACCACAGGCUCACAGACCACCUUCCUUCCCGAGGGAGAGUUACCAGAGUGUGCCCGAUUGGCUUAUGGGGCCGGGCGAGAGGAAGUACGGCCAGAGGAGAUUGCAGACCAAGAAUUAGCAGAAGCCCUUCAAAAAUCUGUAGAGGAUGCAGAGAAAAGCGGUAAAGAAACUACCUCACUGGGGAUGUCAUCAUUACCAACUUCAGAUGGAUUUAACCAUCAAGCCCAUCCUUCAGGACAGAGUCCUGAGAUUGGUAAUCCUACAGGUCUUGCUCACCCUGUCUCUACUUCAGUCUGCCCAAUCAAGCCCAGUGACCCAGACGGCAUCAACCUAAAGCUAUGAAGGCUUUGAAGGCUUCAGCUGAAUUCCAGAUAACCUCUGAAAAA